UGUAAGGCCUGGAGCGGUGUUGUGUCUGGUUGUGGUGUUGUUGGUGCGUGUGUGCGUGUGCGGAUUGUGCUUCCUGCGGGAUUCGAGGACUCUGCUUUGCCAAGAGAGGAUUCCACAGGACCUGUCCACUCUUAGAAUUUUAAAUCAUGGCCCAGUUGAUGACCUUCAGAGAUGUGGCCAUACAGUUCUCCCAGGAGGAAUGGGAGUACCUGAACCCAGAGCAGAGAAACUUGUACACAGAUGUGAUGUCUGAGAACUAUAGCAACUUUGUCUCAGUGGGACUUAGCAUUUACCAGCCACAUGUGAUCUCCUUGUUGGAAAAAGAACAAGAGGCUUGGAUAGAACUGGAUGAGGAGAGAAGAGGAUUUUGCCCAGAUCUACAAUCCACGUGGCAGGCCAGGAAGAUAUUAUCAAAAAAUAGGUCACUUGAAAGUGUAUUAUCCCCAUGGGAAAUCCUGGAAGUCUGUACAGAUGACAGCCUUGAAGGUUUCUGCUUUUCCGGUGAUUGUGAAAGUAAAAGUCCAUCAGAAACACAGUAUGAAAAUGAUUCACAUUGCCAGCAAGUCACAGCCACCUAUGAAAAAACACCUACUUCCAACCAGCUCUCAACUUUUACUCAACAUGGUGGACUCAGUACAGGAGACACACAGUAUGCACAUAAAUGUGAAGAAGACUUUAGUUUUGGCUCAGAUGAUACUCAAAAUCAGUUAAUUCAUAUGGGUGAGAAAUUAUGGGACGAUCAGGAGCAUGGGAAAACUUUUAUUCUUGAUUUAGAACUUACUCAAUAUCAGUCAGUUCACCCUGGUAAGAAAACAUUUGAAUGUAAAGAAUGUGGCAAGGCUUUUAGUUUCCGGUCAAGUCUUACUGGUCAUAUGCGAAUUCAUACAGGGGAGAAACCUUAUAAAUGUAAGGAAUGUGGGAAGGCCUUUCGAUUUCACUCACUACUUAGUGUCCAUAAACGAAUUCAUACUGGGGAGAAAUUUUAUGAAUGUAAGGAAUGUGGGAAGUCCUUUAAUUAUAGCUCAGACCUAACUCGACAUCACAGAAUUCAUACUGGUGAGAAGCCCUAUGAAUGUCAGGAGUGUGGGAAAGCCUUCAGCUGUGGCUCAGACCUUACUCGACACCAGAGAAUUCAUACUGGUGAAAAGCCCUAUGAAUGUAAUGAAUGUGGGAAGGCCUUUAGUCAGCAAUCCCAUCUUAUUAAACAUUACAGAAUCCACACUGGUGAAAAGCCCUAUGUCUGUAAGGAGUGCGGGAAAGCUUUUACUUGUGGGUCACAACUCACUCAACAUCAGAAAAUCCAUACUGGGGAGAGACUACAUAAAUGUAAGGACUGUGAGAAAGCCUUUAGCUCUGGCUCCAACCAUCCUCAACAUCAGUUUCUGUAUACUGGUGAGAAAUUCUUUGAAGAUAAGGAAAACGGGAAGACCUUUUUGCCUGACUCCGAAUUCAGUGAGUAUCCCUCCAUCCAUACUGGUAAGAAAACAUAUAAGUGUAAAGAAUGUGGCAAAGCCUUUAGUUUGCGCUCAAGUGUUAAUCGUCUAAAGAGACUUCCUCCUGGGGAGAAACCCUUUAAAUGUAAAGUAUGUGGAAAGGCUUUCAGUUGUGGAUCAGACCUUACUCGCCAUCACAGGAGUCAUACUGGUGAGAGGCCCUAUGUGUGUAAGGAAUGUGGGAAGGCCUUUAGUUGUAGAUCAGACCUGAGUCGGCAUCAAAGAAUUCAUACUGGUAUAAAACCUUAUCAGUGUAAAGAAUGUGGGAAAGCUUUUACUCGUGGCUCCAACCUAACUCAGCAUCAGAAAAUUCAUGCCAGUGAGAAAACUCAUAAAUGUACAGAAUGUGGGCAAGCCUUUCGUUCUGACUUAGACUUUACCCAGCAUCAAUUAAUUCACAGUGCUGAAAAGAUGUGUGAAGAUAAGGGAUGUGGAGAAUCCUUCCAACUUGAUUCAGAACAUACUCCAUGUCAGUCAGUUCAUGGUAGUAAGAAAAAAGGUGAAUAUAAAGACUGUGGCAAGGAUUUUAGCUGUGGUGCAGGUGAGACUGAUCUAAAAGGAAUUCAUACCAGGAAGAAACCUUUCAAAUGUAAGGAAUGUGGGAAGGCAUUUAGUUAUAGCUCAGAUCUCACUCGACAUCAGAGAUUUCAUACUGGUGAAAAGCCUUAUGAGUGCAAGGAAUGUGGGAAGGCCUUUACUUCUGGAUCUGAUCUUACUCGACACCAGAGAAUCCAUACUGGUGAGAGGCCCUAUGAGUGCAAUGAGUGUGGGAAGGCCUUUAGUCAACAGUCCCAUCUUAUUAAACAUCAGAGAGUUCACAGUAGUGCAAAGACAAAGAAUGUAUUGGUUGUAGAAAACCCGUUAGUCAGUGACCAUAUCUUAUUAAACAUAGAGAAUUCACCUUGGUGAAAAACCUUAUGAAUGUAAGAAAUAAUGGGAAAGCUUGUAGCUCUGGUUCACACCUAGCACAACUUUAGAAAAUUCAUGCUGUUGAGAAGCAGUUUACCCCAAAUCAGAAUUUUGAUGUUGGUAAGAAAUCCUGUGAAUGAGAGAUGAGUUCAAGUCUCAGUACUAAAUGUAGCAAAGUACACCACAAGAAAAAAAAAUCCAGAAAACAUUUCCUUAUGAAGAUAGAUGAAGAAAUACAUAUAUUUGGUGAGUCCAGUAUUUAUUGAUCCAUGAUCCUAGGUACAUAACUUGGGAUAUAUAAACAUUUGUAGGAAUGGAUAAGAAUUUUUUACCUUGAAAAUAUACUUUUAGUUCAGUAAUUUCUCAUGAAUACAAUUCCUGGUGUCUUUUAGUAUUAUACAAAUUAAGCAAUGUUCUGUAUGUGUACACAUAGUAAUUUAUAAAUUACUUUUAAUUGGCAGUUUAUUCUCAAAGUAUUGCUAUUAUGGAAUUUCACAAGUUGGGAAGAUUUGUUCUGUAACUAUUACAAUAAACAGGCCAUUUUUA